AGUUGUAUCUCACUUCAUUGUUAGAGAAUCAUCACUACAUAUAUAUAUUGAUAGAAUCAUAUCUUGAGAGAGAGAAAGAAAGAAGAAUGGGGUUGACGAGUUUGAAACAACAACUUUUGUCCAAGAUAGCAACCAAUGAUGAACAUGGUGAAAAUACUCCAUACUUUGAUGGUUGGAAGGCAUAUGAUAAUGAUCCUUUUCACCUCACCAAAAACCCUAAUGGUGUCAUCCAAAUGGGUCUUGCUGAAAACCAGCUAUGUUUUGACCUAAUUAAGGAGUGGAUUGAGAAAAACCCAACAGCAUCCAUUUGCACAGCUGAAGGAUCAAUGGCUUUCAAGGACAUAGCCAACUUUCAGGACUAUCAUGGCCUGCUGGAGUUUAGAACUGCCGUCGCGAAGUUUAUGGGGAGAGUAAGAGGUGGUAGGGUUAAGUUUGAUCCGAACAGGAUAGUAAUGAGCGGAGGAGCCACCGGAGCUAAUGAGACAAUCAUGUUUUGUUUGGCCGAUCGCGGUGAUGCAUUUCUAGUUCCAUCACCUUAUUAUCCAGCAUUUGUUCGGGAUUUGAGAUGGCGAACCGGUGUUCAAAUAAUACCAGUUACCUGUGAGAGCUCAAACAAUUUUCAAAUCACCAUAGAAGCCCUAGAAGAAGCAUACAACAAAGCAAUAGAGGCCAACAUUAGAGUGAAAGGCUUGAUCAUAACCAACCCAUCAAACCCAUUAGGCACCAUUUUAGACAAAGACACUCUCAAAAGCUUGGUGAAUUUCAUCAAUGAAAGAAACAUCCACCUUGUAUGCGAUGAAAUCUAUGCUGCCACCAUUUUCAGGCCUCCCCACUUCACUAGCAUUUCUGAGGUCAUUCAAGACAUGGAUAGUAACGAUGAUCUCAUUCACAUCGUUUACAGUUUGUCGAAAGACAUGGGUUUUCCUGGCUUUAGGGUUGGUAUUGUUUACUCAUACAACGAUGAAGUUGUGAGUUGUGCUCGAAAGAUGUCGAGUUUUGGAUUAGUCUCUUCCCAAACUCAAUACUUACUCGCUGCAAUGCUUUCUGACGAUGAUUUCGUGCGGAGGUUUCUUGAUGAGAGCUCGAGGAGGCUAGAGUGCAGGCACAAAAUUUUCACAGAAGGAUUGAAAGAGAUGGGGAUCGAUUGUUUGAAUAGCAAUGCUGGACUUUUCUGCUGGAUGGAUUUGCGCUCAUUGCUCAAAGAACCAACUAUUGAUGCUGAAAUGGCGCUAUGGCGUGUGAUAAUCAACGAUGUGAAACUCAAUGUCUCUCCGGGAUCAUCUUUUUAUUGCACGGAGGCUGGUUGGUUUAGGGUUUGCUUUGCUAACAUGGAUGAUGAUACAGUUGAAAUUGCAUUGCAGAGAAUUCGAAAAUUUGUGACUAAGAAGGAAGGAGAGGUAGCUACAGUGAAGAAGAAGAGGUGCCCAACGAAUCUUCGACUGAGUUUCUCGUCUCGGAUAUACGACGACGGUCUCAGGUCGCCGCAUAUGUCAUCUCCUCACUCUCCUCAUCCUCACUCGCCUCUAGUUCGAGCCAAGAAUUAAUCGGUUUAGAAGACUAUUAUGUAUCAUUAGUAUAUAAAAAAUUUAUAACGUCAAAAAAAGUAAAUUCUAAAAUUUUCAAAAAAUAAAAUAUACAAUGUGAGUCACAAUUAAAAUGAAUCACGUCCACACACUUUAUUUUUUGAUUAUUUUUUGAAUAAAUUUUUUCUGACUAUGUAAUAUUAUUAUUAGAAUAUUUCACCAGAACUUCACCUUCAACGUGAUUUUCAGAAAGUGAAAUAUAUGAGGUGAUAAAUAUAUCAUUUCUCAUUUUAUGCACCAUUAAUUUGUACCAAGAAGAGGUAGAUUU